AAAUGGGAAGUAAUCUUACUGGGCAGAGUACACUAAACCAAUGGGAUCUUUGUUGUUUAUAUUGAUUUUUUUAUAAUAGCCAUAUUUUUAAAAUAAAUAACUUUGACAACCAUAAUGGAAAAUGAAAGUAAAGAUGGUCCUGUUGAGACUAUAGAGUCUUUGACAAAAGAGGUAGAGGCCCUGAAAAAAAAAUUGGAAGAUGAGAGACAAAAGUUGAAUGAUGUUACUUUGGCAACUGUUGCGGAACGCUUGGAUAUAAUUAAUUAUAUGAACAUUAAACCAAGAAGAACCUUAAAGGGUCACCAAGCCAAGGUUUUAUGUUCAGAUUGGUCUCCUGAUAAAAGGCAUAUAGUGUCUUCAUCUCAGGAAUAAUAUCUCCACCAAAAAUAUCUCCAGACAAAUACAUCUCAAAACUAAAGUACCCCACAAAAAAAAAAAGGAGUAGGUAGCAGGGGUAUGUUC